AUGGAGGCCAUGUCUUCGUCGCUGUACUGGCCGCCGGAUGUCGCUCGCUAUGACAUGGAAGCCCUCCUCUUCUCGUCGUCGGGGUGGCUGAGGACUGCAUGCAUCGUGUCGGCGCUCUUCUGGGUCGCCUUUCGCGCCUACCAGGUCCUCACGCAGCCUGUCGAGAAGCUGGUGCAGGUGCUCGGUCUCGAAGUCCCCGUCGCGCCCCUCGUCUCGCUCGCUGGAAUCAAGGCAGACGGAGUGUUGCUCCACUGGAAACCGCCAGACCAGCGCACCUCUGUCCUGAAAUAUGUCAUUCGAAUCAACGGCAUUGACAUUGGCGACAUAUCACCCCAGGAAUCCUCCAUUACCAUCGAGAACCUCCAGCCCGACCGCCACUACACCAUCCGCAUAGUCACGCUCAACUCGUCGAGCUUCCAAGCCCCCAGCGUCCCCAUCCGCCUGCGAACCCUCCCCGCCGACUCGGAUGACUUCUACGGCCCCCACCCGCCCAAAGACGCGCCUUCCCCCAGCGACGACAAUGACUACACGCCCACGCCCGUCAUCCGCCCGAACAAGGCCCUCGCCGAGGUCGUCACCUCCGUCGCCGCCCCGCCCAUGACUCGCGAACACAGCAACAGCACCUCCCGCAUGAGACGUCCGGAUAUUGGAAGGAGGGUCUCGCCAGCAUCGCAAGAGGGAAGGCAAGCGCAAGAGGCAGAAGGCCCAGACUCUAUUCGCCAGUUGACCGAGAAGUUGGAUGCACUCAGACGCGAGUUGGACGACAUGGAGCGUCAGAUCCAGGACGAGGACCAAGAGUUUGUCACUCAGAAGGCCAUCCUAGCCGACAAGCGCGACGAGAAGAAGGCUGCGUUGAAGGAAAAGGAAGACGCCAGUCGCGACUUGCGAAAAGAGGUGGCUAGUCUUGAGCGCCAAAACGCCGCUGCGCAGACCAGACGCACCCAGCAAGAGAGGGUUCUGCGUCAAAAGGAAGCCGAGCGGAAGAAGCUCAAAGACGAUGUUGCCAAGUGGACGAGGGAGGCGGGCGAACUCCGCGACACUGCCGAGAAGAUCAAGAAGGAACAGUCCGAGUACCAGUCGGCCUCCGAGAAGCGCGUCCAGGAUCUAAAAGACAAGUAUGCCGACGAGACACAGGCCAACAAAAUGCUCGAAGAUGCAAUUCGCGAAAAAGGUAUUCACAUCAAGGCUCUGGAGGAAGAGAGGCAUAGGUUGGAACAAGGCCAAGAAGGCGCCGAAGCUACAGCCGGUCCUGACAACGCCGAGAGGGAAGAGGACAAUCGCUGGAGGAUGACGCUAGGUCUGUUGCAACAGCAAUAUGCUCAAGCUUGGUCGCUGUAUGCCGAAGCCGAAAGAGCUCACCAAGACGCUACAAGCAGGUUGACUUACAUGCAACAACGUCGUCUAAGCCAGCCCCAGCUCUUCUCGGGCCCGCCUGUCCCAGAGAUGGGUCCCGUCAGAAGGAACAGCCAACGUGCUCGUCCUCUCAGCAUGCGCGAAGGACUUCUCUCCCAAGCCACUGGCGGAUUCGUGCACACUUCGUCAGCUCCCUUCAACAGCAUCCCAACAACCGCAUCCCCGUCUUUUGCAACGGCAACGCCUUAUUUCAACCCGGUAAAUGGCAUGGCAUUGCCUCCUCGUACAUACAGUACUUCUUUUUCACAAGCCGACUUCGAGUCCCUAACUGGCGGCGCACCUAUGAGUCCCACUGCUGGCGCGUUACUCCCCGCCGGCCUCUUCGGUGACGAUUUAGGACUUACAGAAGAUGAAUACGAUGACCCAGGGCCACCCCAAGACCCCUCUCGGGAUCCUUCGCCCAACAUGCGUAAUGUUCUCCCGGGCCUCGGGGCUCCGGGGACAAUGAAUCCUACGACACAGAAUGGCAGCUCUCCGGCUUCACCCCAAAGCGGGUCGCCUAGUGCUCUAGCCAGUCCUCGGGAUAGCGCGGGCGAACUACAGUUCUACCCCAAUAUAAGCAAGAAUGACGAUAACGUCGACAAUGACCGCCGUUCUAUACACUCGACCUCCUCCUCCUUCCAGAUCAACAACAAUCCCCAAGCCUCUCGUUUCGGCGGUCUCUUUGGCCUGAAUCGCGCGCGCGGCAAGACGUUUUCCGACGACGGUCCUGCACUGGGGAGCCUGAAACCGAGUCAGAGUCAGAGUUUACCGCGGCAGGAACACGGUGUCGAUGGUCUGGGUAACACUCACCGUCGCCGGGGCUCCCACUCCGAAGGUGGUGCGUGGUACGACACUUUUAUACGCACCAAGACGCAACCAAUCGAAUCCCUCAGCUCCCCCAAACACGUUGCAACACGCAAGCGCCCAUUCAACAUGUUUAGCAGCGCAAAAGCAGGUAAUGAAGAUCCCUGGCUGAGAAACAUACUGGGUAUGCAGCAGCCGCGUCCCUCGUCACCUGGGCGACAGGGAAGCACCAAUUCUGGGGAAGGCAUGGCGUUGCCGAGACCCAGUACAGAGAGCCAGACGCGGUUCGGCUGGAAUGUGGAUGCGUUUGGAGCAAGGAGUAGUCCAUUGGGUGUGGAUUGGAGCGUGAAUAACACAAACACAACCUCGUGGUCUCGCCUCGGCUCUCGGCGUCCUAGUAUGCAGCACACGAGCAGUGCGAAUCUGAUCAAUGACGACGGUUUGCACGACGAUGUCCUCGACUUUCCUUCCAACACUAGGAGUCCAACGCAAGCGCCGAUUGGGACAAGACCACAGAGUAGCGCGAGUCACAUGCCCGCCCAGCCGAGUACAAGUUCGCUGCCGCCGAUUCCGCCGACGCCGCCCAAGCAGUUGAAUCCUGCGGCGGCGAGCUUCACAAUGUUCCAGCUAGGCAAGAAGACGGAGGAGGAGAAGGAGAAGAAGGCCAAGGAGAAGGAAGCACGCAAGGCGGAAAAGGUGGAGAAGAAGGAAAAGGAAAAGGCGGACAAGGCGGCGGAGAAGGCUGCUGCAAAUGCGUCUCCGGGAAUUGGUUAUGACUCGAGGAUGUCGCGUGAUACACCGAGUAUCAUCUCCACGGCUGAUGCAAGUGAAGCAGAUGCUUCGGAAGCAGCAGCGAGUCCAAGACAGAGCCUGGAACGGCGUGUGAGCCACACUGCGUCCGACGCCGCUGGGUCCGUUGGCAAAGAGAGCUUCAUGCAGAAGUUGACGCGAAAGGGCAGUACGAAUCAGUUCUUAUCUUUUGGUGUUAAAAAGUUUUCUUCGAAGAGAAGUAAUGCUGGGGACUCUGUCAUUGUUCCUGCAACUCCGGACGAGGUGGAAGGAGGAGAAACUUCUAGUAGCGGAUUCUUUGGGCUGGGCAAAUCUACAGAGAGCGUUGUUGCUGGUAAUAGUCCUUCUAUUGGCACGCCAAAAGAUAGAAUGAGUGGGAGUAUGUGGGGGAGUAUUAAGAAGAUUGGGAGGAACAAGGAUAAGACGCCUAGUUUACAUGAGAGUAUUGCUAGUGAGGCGACGGGUGGAGAAGGGGUGGAGGAAGAUGAGGGUGGUGAUGCUGUUGCUGCUGGUAUUAAUGAGGGGUCGAGGGCGUAA